UCUGUUAACUUGACCAUCUUUUCAGUGAUGAGACAACGUUGGGAAUUAUGGACAAAAACAUUGGAGAGCAGCUUAACAAAGCUUAUGAAGCCUAUCGACAAGCAUGCAUGGAUAGGGACCAUGCUGUGAAAGAACUACAGCAAAAAACAGAAAUCUACAUGCAGCAAAUUCAUGAACAGCAGGAAAAGAUAGAGCUUCAAAACAGCAUUAUUGCAAAACUGAAAUCACAGUUAGCUGCUCUGAAUGCUAAUAGAGGUAAUGUGCAUCCCUAUGUUUUGAUGCAUGAAGACAUUGAAACCUGCAACUUAUCUUUCAGUCAGCUCUCUGAAAAACUGAACGUAGCAAAGCAAAGAGAAAAACUCUUAAAGGAAGAGUUAGAAAGUGAAAGCAUGAAGUUGAAGCAACUUGAGGACAAAAACAAUCAAAAGGAAAGGAAGCUUCUAUCUAUUAUUUCCAACCAAGAAGACAAAAUAAGAACUCUGAAAAGCAAAUUGAAAGAAUUUAAUGAACCGCAAAAGGGUAUACAGAUGCCAGCGUAUAAAAGGGAGGUGAGCAGUAAGAAAGUUGUUCCAGAUAAGACUGAAUUUUCUCUGGGGAUCUCUGGUAUUUCACCUGUGCCUGAAAGGGAGAAUCUGGAGACUAUUUUCCAGGACAUGAAAGAAGAGUGUCAUCGAAUAUGUGUGCUAGCCAGAGAACAAACAGACCAACUGAGUAAAUUUAAGAUAAAGCCAGAACCUGAAACUGAAAUACAGUUUUCCAUGCCGAUACAGUGUACUGAUAAAACUGAUGAACAAGCAGAAGAGCUUUUUAAGCCUCGGGUUAUAAAGGAUAUAAAUAGAGGUGCAUCAUGCAUCACAUCUAUCACACCAAGAGGAGUGGGCCAAGAUGAGGACAACAACUCUGUAGAAUCACUUUCUAAAUUUAAUGUCAAGUUUCCACCUACAGACAAUGACUCUGCUUUCUUGCAGAGCACUCAGGAAAAACCAACAGUUCCUUGUACUGGUAUAGCUGAAAAGAUGCUUCAAGAUCAUCAUUUUAACCUGGAGCACAGAGACCGUGCUGUUAACCUCAGUAAAUUGGAACCUAACUCAUUUGAAGCUCAUGGAGUUGAUCUCAUGACCUCAGCUUUACAAAGCUUAACUACUGUUGACAAAACAAACCCCCAAAAUCAUGCAAACAUGCCCAUAGAAAAUACCCGUGACAAAACAUGUUUAAAAACAGCAGACACUGGUUUCACAUUUGUACCUAAGCACACAAUGCAAGCUGUACCUGAAGUAAUUUUCUCUUCUUUAGAAGCUGCUGGGACAACCGUCAGAGGUCCUCACCAGCUCGUUUGGCAGCCUCAAGACAAUGAUUUGCUGGCACAAGCUUAUACAGACUCUGAACUGAAUCAGUGUGGAAUAUGUGAAUUCUGUCGAGAAGUUUUCCCACCAUCUAUAACAUCUAAGGAAGAUUUUCUUCGGCAUCUGAAUUCCCACUUUAAAGUACAGUCUUAACGUAUGAGAAUUCAAUGGAUCGCUGUUUUUUGCGUACAUUUGAUAUUUUUUUUAUUCAAUAGAUAUGCUAAGAAUUUAAGAAUUAAGACUUCUUGUAACAAGAACUUAUUACUGAAAUUGUCACAUAAGCAGAUUUUUUAAUUGUCCUUUGCUAAAAAGAAACUGUAAGUCACUCAGUACUGUAAUUCACAUUUUUGCUUGUUAUACUUCAAUAUUACCUUUGAGAGUGAUGUUAAACACUUUUUCUUCUUUGUUUUCUUUCCCUUUUUUUCUCCAGUUAAUCAUUGCCUGUAUAGGCCCAAAGUCAUUGUUAUAUUUAUGAGUGUAGACUCACAGGAAUAACGCCUUAAUCUGUCUGUGGAAAUUGGUGUCACGCUCAGAAUUUUUUCUCAGUAUCCAGUGAUGCCACUAUGUUUUCCUUGAAGUAAACAGGAAGAGAAAUAGGCUCUCAUUUUUCAUUUCCAUUAUAAAAUU